AUGAUUGAUUUACCUUUUCCAUGUCGGAAUGAACAAUGUAUGAAUAAUAAUACAAAUACAAUUAAUAACGGUAAUUCUUCUAUGAAUACAAAUUCCUAUAAAGAUACUACUCUAAAUCCUAAUAUUUUACCUUUAUUAAAGCAUCAAUUACCUAGACAAGAAUUAAAUGAAUCAUAUACAAAGAAAAAAUGUCAAUAUCAACCUAAAUCAUCAUGUUCCAUUACAUCGAAUCAUUCAUUUAAAUUUAAUCAAGAUUAUAAUAAAAAUAAAUUAGACAAUGUAAUUGAACAUUCAACUAUUCAACAAAUAAAUAAUAAAUUAAAAUGUCAUUAUAUUCAAAAUAAAUUAGAUACAAUACAUAAUCCUAUUGUUUAUUAUUCUAAUUUAACAACAAAUGAUCAAAAAUAUAAAAAUAUUUAUAAAACAUCAUGGAAUCAUCAAUAUAAACGAAUUUCUACAUUAAAAUCUAGAAAAUAUAAAAAGAAAAAAAAUUUAUUAAAAUCUACUAAUAAAUUUAAUAAAAAUAAUUUAAUUCAUUUAAAAUCAAAAUUAAUGAAAAAUGAAUAUUUUAAUAAAAAUUUACCAUAUAAAUCUAUAAAUCCUAUACAUAAAACUAAUCAAAUUAAAACAAGAAACAUAGAAAACUUUUUACAUCAAACAGUCCAUACUACUACUACUAAUAAUAAUAAUACUAAUAGUAAUAAUAAUAGUAGUAGUAAUAAUAAUAAUCAAGAUGGUGACAAUCUUCACAAUAAAAUUUUCGAAUCAAUCAAUACAAUUUAUAGUAACUAUGCAUUUAAUCCUUUUAAAACAUCUAUUACUAAUCAGAAUAAUAACUUUGAAAAUAAAAUCAAUGAUAUUUUAAAGCCCAGAACUUCAUCAAAUGAAAUUAAUCAAAUUGUUCAUUGUAGUAAUCUUCUUAAAAAGAAUAAUUAUUUAUCGUCUUCUUUGUCAUCAUCAUCGUCGUCGUCGUCGGGAUCAUCGUCAAUAUUAACAUUACCACAAUUAUCAUCACAUUUAUCACCAUUACCAAUAAAAUCUUUAUAUGAUAAUGAAAAAUUAUAUUUAAAACAAAAUAAUAUUAGAAAACAUUUUCAAAAAUUAACAAAUUCAAUAUUUAAUUAUAAUUAUACAUCGAAUCCGAUUUAUUCCAAUUCACAUUAUUCAAUAAAUAAUGAUAAACCAUUAGAUUUACGUAAUCCAUUACAAAUUCACUUGAAUACUAUGUUAUAUAAAAAUAAAAAUUACAAUAAUAAUAAUACUAAUGAUAAGUUAUUUAAUGAGAUCGAAAAGCUUGGCAAAGCAUAUUUAUCAAUGGGAAAUUUUAAUUCAAACGAAAUUUGGUCAACAAUCUUUACAUUAUUAAAUAGGAAACUGAAUCAAUUUUCUCAAAUUAAUCAAAGUAAGUUUCAUUCGACUUUUUUUAAAACUAAUUUAUAUGGUUAA